AUGGAGGAUGAAACAGUGACGCGUAUGCGAUAUGCCAGAGCAGGAAAGAUGUCGCACAUAACUAGACGCAUGAACAUUGUAAACGACUUGAUGACAAAGAAGGACUUUCUUGAGGAAGUAAAGGAGAACAUGACAAAGUUUAAUGAGUUUUUGGAGGAGUUCAAGGCGUUGCAUGCAUCUUACGUGAGUUUGCUCGAUGAAACAGCGCGAGAGGAAGACAUGAGAAUCUGGUAUUGGCCGAAACUUGAAGACAUCGAUUCUUUUAUUGGGAAAGUCUCGCAGUGGAUAGUUUCUACCGAAAGGCCUAGCUCCCCUAGCACAUCUGAAGUAACUUCAUCCGCAAACUUAGUGCAUGACACGGCACCAGCGCAUGAACCUGCCCCUCCAGAACACAGCCAUGCUCAAACGGAUCUGGACUUUCCUGACACGCGAUCACAUAGGUCUAGCGCUUCAUCAGGCAGAUCCCACUCCUCAACGAGAUCAUUACGCAUCAACGCGGAGGCAGAAAGAGAAGCUUUACUGGUCAAAGCGUCUAAGCUUCAGCAAAAACACGCCGUUCAGGACCAGGAGGAAAUAUUGCGUAAGUACAAGGAAGCGCUGGAGAUAAGCACUGAAUUAGAUGCAACCAAUGCCAAAAUUAAUUAUUUAAAAGCUGCCGAAAAGACUUUAGCUCCCAUUCCGUUUAGUUUGGAAACGACAAAUGUGUCUGUGAUGGAGGAACGUGCACCACAGGAUGUUGAGUUCGAUGAGGAAAGUCUAAUUUCGUUCCAUGGCACCCCCUCUGUCAGGCCCAGGGCAAGUGGUGCCCAUGUUAAUUUUCCCUUGCUAAACCAAGAUCACAGUGCAGCUCAGCUUAGGCCCACUAGCAGUAGCCAGGUGCAGUAUACCUCUUUGCCUCUUAGCCUUCCCUAUGGAGGUGAAGCAAACAUUUCCCCUGUCCUCCCUCAGUUGGCUGUCAGUGCAGCUAGUAGUUCAUCUCAAGACACUUUGCCUACUGCAACACAGAACUCAUAUGUUACUCAGCUUCUUCAACCGGAACUUCAGUCUCAGCCUUUAGUACAGCCUUUAGCACCACUUCCAGUUACUCAACUUCAACCUGUGCAACCCCCUCUCUCACAGCCUCUGCAACUGCCACUGCAGCAUCUGACUCAGCCUCUGCCUAUAGCACCUCAGCCUCGGCCUCCUCUGCAGCCACAACCUGUGCAACUCCCACGGCAGCCUCAGCUUCAGCCGCAGCAGACCCAGUCUCUGCCUGUGACACUGCACCCUCAGCCUCUGCAGCCUCAUCCACUGCCACUCCAGCCUCAGCCUCCUCUACAGCUGCUACAACCUCAACUCCCACCGUGGUCCCAGCCACAGCUUCAACAACAACAGUCUCAGCCUCAGCCUCAACUACAGCCUCAACUGCCACCUCAGGUACAGUUUCAGCCUCAGGCUCAAACACCCUCUUUGGCCAGCUCACCACAUGACAGUCAUUUGGUAACGGUACUGGAAAACCAAAACGAAUUGACCAAACUGCUCAUGAGGCAACAGCUAUCAUCCACCUUGCCACAGGGCAGCAUUUCAGUCUUUGAUGGUGAGGUAUUGGAAUACAAAUCAUUCAUUCACAACUUCAAAAACACAAUUGAACGUAAAACUGACAACUGUAGAGACAGACUGCAAUAUCUAAUUCAGUACACAAAGGGCCAAGCUCAACGGCUUGUCAAAAGCUGUGAAUACAUGGAACCUGACAGAGGCUAUGAAAAGGCUCUGAAAUUACUGAAAGAAAACUUUGGCAAUGAGUAUAAGAUCUCUUGUGCCUACUUAGAAAAGGCCCUCUCAUGGCCUCAAAUCAAACCACAGGAUGCCAAGUCCCUGCAGGAGUUUGCCAUGUUCUUGCGGAGUUGUUGCAAUGCAAUGGAGGAGAUGACCUAUAGGGAGGAGUUGGACACCAUAUCAACCAUGAGAAGCAUUGCUGUGAAGUUGCCAUACAAGCUACGGGAGAAAUGGUGCAACAAAGCAUUUGAGCUGCAACAACAACGCCAGAGCCGGGUGAGAAUUUUAGAUCUUGUCUCUUUUAUGGAAACACAGGUUCGCGUAGCUGGAGACCCAAUGUUUGGCGAUCUCCGAGAUCAGCCAGUAGGAAAAGGAAAGGCAAACGCUAAUGUUAAAACACGGCCCUCCAAGCCCUCCAGCAGUAGCUUUGCCACUAGUAUAGCGCCUGUUAAAGGAACAAGCUAUGUCCCAUCAGACCAGUCAUGUGACUUCUGCAGCUCCAAGCAUGCACUGGACUCUUGCCAGAAGUUCACAAGAAAGGCUCAUAGAGACAAGCUGAGCUUUCUAAGGUCCAAGGGAAUCUGCUAUGGAUGUCUCACCUCAGGGCACAUUAGUAAAGACUGCAGUAGGCGUCUUAUCUGUAACGUGUGCAGGCGAAACCAUCCCAGCAGCCUCCACAUUGCAACCAAGGAAACGGCUAAUCCACCUGAAAGUGCAGCAGAGUCAUGUGCUCAUAUAGGGGCCGGAGACAAUGAGGGCGUGCUUUCCAUUGUUGCAGUUAAAGUCAGGGCAGCAAAGGGCAGCCAUGUCAUUGAAACAUACGCUCUGUUGGAUCCUGGAUCUUCUGCCACCUUCUGCUCAGAGGAGCUCAUGACACGUCUGAACUUGACUGGAAAGAGGACAAACAUACUUCUGCGUACCAUGAGUCAGGAAACGUCAGUCCCAACAUAUGUUGUGUCAGGAUUGGAGAUUUCAGCAUUGAACAGCGACACAUUCUUCAGUCUUCCUGGCACAUUGACCCAAAAGAACAUGCCAGUAACCAGUAGCAGCAUCCCCAAGCAAAGUGAUCUAGCGCAUUGGGCGUACUUGGGUAAGGUCACCAUUCCCUCCAUUUGUUCAAAAGUGGAACUGUUGAUUGGCACAAAUGCUCCACACUUACUUGAGCCAUGGGAGGUUAUAAACAGCCAAAAUGGGGGUCCCUAUGCAGUUAGAACGCUGUUAGGGUGGGUGGUAAAUGGGCCAUUCAGAAGCACUGCUGGUAUUAGGACAAGUGUGACAGUUAAUAGGAUAUCGGUUGAGGGUCUAGAAAAGCUGAUAAUCUCACAGUACAACCAGGAUUUCCAGGAGAAUGCAUCUGAGGAAAAGACGGAAAUGUCUGUCGAGGAUAAAAGAUUCUUGCAGAUGGCAAAUGAGGCAGUACUGGAGAAUGGACACUACAGUUUAAAACUGCCCUUCAGGAAGGCGAGCGUGCAUAUGCCAAGCAACAGGAAAAUGGCAGAACAGCGCCUGAACAGCCUGAAAAGGAAAAUGGCCAGGAAUGAUCAGUUCAAACAGGAGUACACAGCAUUCAUCACAGACUUCUUUGACAACAACUACGCUGAGGAAGUCCCACAGGGGGAGCUCCAACAGCCAGCAGGAGCCACAUGGUUUUUGCCACACCAUGGGGUCUACCACCCAAAGAAGAAAAAGCUCAGAGUGGUGUUUGACUGUGCUGCAUCAUUCCAAGGUGUAUCACUCAACUCGGAACUGCUACCGGGCCCAGACCUCACCAACUCUCUCCUUGGUGUUAUCAUGAGGUUUCGCAAAGAGCCCAUUGCAGUCAUGGCUGACAUCAAAUCAAUGUUCCAUCAGGUCAGAGUGGCAAAGUCUGAUGUGGACUACUUACGAUUCCUCUGGUGGCCACAAGGUGACACCAGACAGACUCCAAAAGAACACCGCAUGCUUGUGCACAUCUUUGGUGCUGUAUCCUCCCCCAGUAUUGCAACCUAUGCUCUCCAAAGAACUGCCACUGACUAUGAAAGUUGUUUUUCCCCUCAGGUAGCAGAAACCAUUAGACACAACUUUUAUGUUGACGACUGCGCCAGGUCAGUGGCCAAAGAGUCUGAUGCCAUCCAGCUGGUAAGAGACCUCACCGCAUUGUGCAGCAAAGGUGGGUUCCUGCUAACUCAGUGGGUGAGCAAUAGCCGUGCAGUGCUGGCAUCCAUUCCCCAAGAGCACAGAGCCAAAGACAUUAAGUCUCUUGAUCUUGACAAAGACAGCCUGCCAGUUGAGCGAGCAUUGGGACUGCAAUGGUCUGUAGACUCAGAUAGCUUUCAGUUCAACACCAACCUCAACCAAAAGCCACAUACACGCCGAGGCAUACUGUCUGUUGUAAGCUCUGUUUUUGACCCACUUGGUUUUCUUGCCCCUCUCAUUCUUCCUGCUAAGCAGUUGCUACAGGAGCUCUGCCAGGCGGGCUACGGAUGGGACGAACCACUACCACAGGGCAUAUCUAAGCGAUGGAUGGAGUGGACCAGCAGCUUGGAGUUGGUCAAAGGCUUCACCGUGCCGCGCUGUUUGAAACCAGAGGGCUUUGGAGUGACCAGAUGUGUCGAACUGCAUCACUUUGCCGACGCCAGUGAGAGUGGGUACGGCUCUGUCAGCUAUAUCAGACAGGUGAACAGGAAGCAUGUAGUACAUGUCACCUUUGUACUGGGCAAAUCUAGAGUACUACCCCUAAAGAAAAUCACGGUGCCAAGACUGGAGCUAGCAGCCGCUGCUCUGUCAGUCAAAGUGGACCGAAUGCUGAGAAGAGAGCUACACUUGGAUUUAGAGCCCUCAGUAUUCUGGACGGACAGCCAAACGGUGCUGAAAUACAUCGCUAACGACCAAGCCAGGUUUAAGACCUAUGUGGCAAAUAGGGUCUCAUUUAUACGAGACAAUACAGAGCUGUCUCAGUGGAGAUAUGUAGGCAGCAAAGACAACCCUGCGGACGACGCAUCCAGAGGGUUGAAUGCCAGAAAAUUUAUGGAGCAAAAACGAUGGAUGCAUGCCCCAGAUUUUCUAUGGAAAACACAGGAAUGUUGGCCAGUAGUGCAGGCACAGGGUCCUUUGCUUCAGGGUGAUCCAGAGGUAAGGAAAACCACUACAGUGUUCACAGCCAUGGUAAAACCUGAAACCCCUACUGACCAGCUUAUCAUGUAUUUCUCAGACUGGACCAGCCUCUUAAAGGCUGUAGCUUGGUACCUCAAGCUAAAGAAAGCUUUGGUGCUGAAAGUGAAAAGUGGAAAGCUCACCCCACUUGUCCACUCUGACAUGUCAAAGUUGAGCCCCAAGCUGGAAGCUAUAAAGCCCUUAACAGUGACUGAUCUAGCAGACGCAGAGAGAGCUGUUGUCAUGUAUGUUCAGAGACAAGCUUUCCCUAACGAACUGUCAACAUUGCAGAUGACUCCUCCCAGAGUACCCCACAACAGCAGGCUGCGCAGACUCGAUCCUGUAUUGGAGGAUGGCCUCUUAAGGGUAGGUGGCAGGCUACACCGAUCUGCAAUGCCGGAGGAGACUAAACACCCCUGCAUCGUUCACACAUAUCAGUAUUGUUGUUAA